AUGAGCACGCGACUCCGGCCGACGUCGAACGCCAGCAGCUUGAUGCAAGACCUGCCCGGCGGCUUCCCGCGCGAUCAAGACGAUGACAACUCCGCGACACCCCUUACCCUCUCCCAAGCGGUCCACGCGCGAAGGGCCGAAUAUGUCCGGCCAAAGCAUAUCCGGAUCAAAAUUGGGACAUGGAACGUCGCAAGUUGCAAAGGCACUGAAAAGGACAUAGGAGGGUGGUUCGUUGAGGGUAGAGGCAUAUCGGAUGCUUUGUCCGGCUUCAGCAUAGGCGAGAAUGGGGGUGUGCAUCGCGAGGACACACGAGGCAGGUCCUCGCGGGAUCAAGGAGAAGAUGUCACUACUCAGGAAGCCAGGUACGAAAGGAAGCAAAACACGCUACCGAACGGCGAUCCCGGAUCGCUACCCGGCGGUGAGGAUGUUUCGCUAUAUGUUCUUGGCCUUCAAGAGGUGGUGGAUGUCGGCUCUGCUACGGAGGCCCUUCGUCCUUACACAGACCCCGCGAUUGCGACCAGGUGGAAGGAGAGCAUGGCGGCGUCGCUGCCAGAAGGCUAUGUCAUGGUUGCAGAGCAGCAGCUCAUUGGAUUGCUGUUGCUCAUUUAUGCUGCUCCCGAUCUAGCACCCGAGCUGCGUUCCGUCAGCACGACGAGUGUUGGUACUGGACUUAUGGGCUAUAUGGGCAACAAAGGCGCGGUAACGGCUCGAAUAGUCGUUGGAGAGACCACCCGCCUGGUCUUCAUCAACAGCCAUCUGGCUGCUGGCGCCGACAAGACUGCUUUGGAGCGCCGAAACUGGGAUGCGUCUCAAAUCAUUCAGCGGACCAAGUUUGAACCCAUUCAAGACAUCACGGACCUUCAACAAUCGACUGGCGAGCAGAUCGGUGACGAGGACUUUGCUUUCUGGAUUGGCGAUCUCAAUUACCGGCUUGAGAGCAUACCAGGAGAUGAUGUUCGAAGACUACUGAUGCUUCACACACGAAAUGAGUACGACACCAAUGCUCAGUCCGGGAAGACGCUCGACAAAGAGAUCCAGCUGGCAGCUGAGUCUGUUGGCCAGAGAGCGGAGCGAGGGUCGAGCGUCAGCUCCGUCAGCACUGCCAGCGUUAAAUCUUCAUCCGCUUCCACGAGCUCCCACCAAACGAGCACGGCGAGUACGGCACCUACAGCUCUGGUCGACGAGAUCAGUGCAAGUGAGGACCCGACAUCAUUGCAGACCACGUUGUCUUCUCUUUUGCCUCAUGAUGAACUUCAUCAGCAGAUAAAGGCCCGCAAAGCGUUCCAAGAUGGCUGGCAGGAGGGCCCCAUCCACUUCUUACCAACAUACAAGUAUGAUGUAGGAAGUGUGGGAGUCUUUGACUCAUCAGAGAAGAAGCGCGCACCCAGCUGGUGUGACCGCGUACUCUUCCGAACAAGAAGAGAGAAACUGGCCUACGAGGCCAAGGUGAAGGAAGAAGAAAAUGCCAGGAAGAAGGACGAAGAGAUGAGAGCCAGCGGCGCAGACCAAGCGGCCGAAGACGACGAGAUACUUUACGAUUACGACCCCGAUGCUGACGGCACGAAUUUUAACGCUGAUUAUGACGAGAAUGACGAUUAUAACGAGGUUGAGGAUGGUGUGGUGAUUACCAAGGAAGGAUUUGAGGAUGAGUUACGACUGGAAUAUUACACUGCUCACCAGAGAGUGUUGUCGAGCGAUCACAAGCCGCUCAAUGCUGUGUUCAUGUUGAAGUAUGAUGCUGUCGUGCCUGAGCUGAAGGCGAAGAUACAUGCGGAAGUGGCGAAGGAGCUUGACAAGGUCGAAAACGAAGGAAGACCCAACGUCACCGUAUGUGUCGACCAACACAAUGACACCCAGGCCGAGCAAUGCGAGAACACGUCCAAGACGUUCGAAGGAGUGUGGUUUGGCGAGGUACGGUGGGGUCAAUCGAAGCACCGCUCACUCACCAUUGCAAACACAAGCCGGGUUCCAGCAAGCUUCACUUUUAUCGAGCGGCCAGUCGGUGCAGGGCAGGCGCCUGGCAUUGCUCCGAAGUGGCUGAACCUGCGACAAAACGACAGCUCUUUGUCGAGCUCCAGCACAAGCAGCCCACCAACUACUGUCGAACCCGGCGAGACCGCGUCGGUAGAGCUGGAUAUCCGCAUCUGGGACUCGUCGCUGGUGCAAUCCCUGAAUGAAGGCAUGAAAGCACUCGACGACAUCCUCGUGCUCCGCGUCGAAGGCGGGCGAGACCACUUCAUCCCCGUCCGCGGCAAGUGGCUCGACACCAGUCUCGGCCGCUCCAUUGACAAGCUCAUCCGGAUCCCGGAAGGCGGGAUCCGCAAGCUGCAGAACCAACGGCCUGACAGCAGCAAAAGAGGCGGCGGCGGCAGUGGUAGUGGAGCAGCCAGUCCUGUGAUGGGCGACGAGCCGGUACGUUUCUCUGCGCCACGCGAACUCUUCCGGCUGACCGAGACGGUAGAAGAACUCGUCGCGCGGGUGGUUGCCGAGUGGGAUAUGACCUCGAGCGAUGCGGACUCUGCAGAAGCGCCCUGGUCACACCAUCCCGGAUGGCCUUUCGAGGAGAGCGGGUGGUCGGAGAGAGGGACGGAGACGUGGGAUGAUGCUUUGAGCGAUGCUUGUGAUGCUCUCGACUCGGAUCAGCCUCUUGAAGCAAGUCUACCGCCAGAGUUGCCAAAGAUGCAACGACUAUACGUCCUAGCGUCCCUCCUCCUCACCAUGCUAGAAAACAUGCCCGACGGCAUCGUCACCUCUACCCUCUGGACCCGCAUCGACCAUCUCCUCUCCGAAAACGAAAAGACCAAACGCAAACUCACCCUCGAGGAACAACGCACAGCCAUCGAAGAGAUCCUCUCGUCAUCUCCCAGCCACAGCAUCUCCUUCAUCCUGCUCACCUCAAUGCUCGGACGUAUCUCGCAGGAGAUUGCUGGUGCGAGCAAGAGCAGGGAUGAGCCGCCUGUGAGCCCGACGAGGAAGAAUGCUAGUCCUUUUAGAAGGAUGACCGGGUCUUUGGGGAGGCUGCCGGAGACUUCGCAUGCGGAGCUGGCGGCUGAGGCGUGGGGGCAUGUUUUUGGGAAGGCGAUGGUGAGGUUGCCUGGGCAGGGUGGAAAGAAGGGGUUUGGCGUGCAGGAGCGGAGAAGGUUGGAGAUGAUGAGGAUGUUUUUGAGGAGGGAAGAGAAAGGAUGA